UUUCUCAGGUGCAAUGGAGUGGUUAUGCUUCCGCAUGGAUAUGUUGGCAUCUAUUACAUAUGUUUUCUUUUUGAUUUUCUUGAUCUUAAUGCCGAAGGGAGUACUCAGUCUUGGUGUUGUGGGUUUAGCAAUCACAUAUGGGCUUGGUUUCAGCUUGCAUGGUAUUGUAUGGGAUCUUAAUCAACUUGAGACUAAAAUCCUAUCUGUUGAGAGAAUACUACAAUACACCAACAUCCCUAGUGAACUCUCUCUGUUGGGAGAAGAGAAUAGGCCAAGUCAUGAAUGGCCAUCACAAGGGGAAGUUGAUAUUGUUGAUUUGCAGAUCCGAUAUGACCCACACCUUCCUCUUGUCUUGCGAGGUAUCACAUGCACUUUCCCUGGAGGGAUGAAGAUUGGCAUUGUUGGGCGAAUAGGAAAUGGUAAAUCAACUCUUGUACAUGCUCUCUUCCGCAUACUUGAACCUACAGCUGGUUAGAUUUUGAUAGAUGGUAUCAACAUCUCUAAAAUUGUCCUUCAUGAUUUGCGGUCAAGAUUGAGCGUCAUCCCACAAGAUCCAACAAUGUUUGAGGGGACUCUAAGAAGCAAUCUUGACCCG